UUUCCGGGUGUGUAAGCUCUGGCUUGACGUGUUGUACAACUACGUUGUUACGAAACACAUCUUAUUGUCAAACCCAUGAAGGGACUCUGCUGAGGUCAACAGUUUGAAUGGAAACGCAGUGAAAGGUCAGCCUUGGAAACCUGUUAUCAUGCAGGUGGAGGCUCAGCUGCGUUUGUGUCAGAACUGUUUGUGGUGCUGCAAGAAUGGCUGGAGAAUGCUGUCCCAGAGCUACGCACACAGAAAGCCUGUGAACUACUAUGAUCUGCUGGGGGUCAAAUCUGAUGCCACUCUGGAGGAAAUCAAAAAUGCAUUUUUUGACAAAUCUAAAAAGCUGCAUCCUGACAGCGACCCGUCAAACCCAGAGCUGCACAGCCAGUUUGUGAAGCUGAAUGAAGCCUACCGAGUGCUGAGCAAAGAGCUGAGCCGGAAGGAGUAUGACUUCAAAAUUCGACGCCCAUACAGCGGCGGUGAGGUCUUCAGAUCUACCUCUAGUUACGCCAGCAGUAAAAGUGCGCAGGACAAUAUUAACUACUGGGAGCAGUUCCGACACGCCCAGCCUCCAGAGAUGACAGCUGAAGAGAGGGAACAGGGGAGGAAGAGGAACUUCCGGCUGGUCGCCUACUGUCUUGUUGCAAUGAUGCUCAGCAUCGGAGCCCAUAUGGUCUUCUUCAGGAAACUGGAAGUAGUUCAUAAUAACUUCAUGGAUGAGAAAGACCGAGUCAUCACAGAGAUCUACAACGAAUCCAAAGAGAGAGCCAGGAUCAAUGGUUUUAAGAAACAGACCGAAAUCCUGCGGCAGAAGCACGCAGAGUUUCAAGAGAGAUUCAAAGUGCGCAACGGCGGGGAGGACAAGUAAGAGCCUCCAGCUGAGCUCUGCGGCGAUGGAGCGGCCUGCAGGUGGAGGACUUGGCGGGCAGGACAUUAGUUUUUAUUUUUUCAUUUUCUGCACCUGCAUUUGUUCUGACACAGCAAAUAAUAGGGGAGGUGAAGGGGAGUUUCAUCUGGUCAUAUCAAUGUUGCAUCUAGACCUCACUGAGCUAUUUAUACACACCUCAGUGGACUAGGUUGCGGAUCUAUUUAUAUUUGAAGUGAUGCGAGUGAAAGGGAUCCGCUGCAGUUUGCACAAAAGCCUCCUUGUACCAAGGAGCAACAAUGAGUACCAUAAAAUGGAGACGAGUUGUUUUUUCUUUGCUUCAUUUAUUUGCUGUAAUUGUACAGUAUUUGGGGUGGUGAGAGAUGCUACAGAGAUCUAUAGAGAACCUUUUUUUGUUCCUUUGUGCACCUUAUUGGUUCUAAAAGACACCAAUCAAUGUCUUUGGAAAAGUGGAUUGAACUUUGAAUUUUUUUGGUUCAGAGAACUUGGAAUGACCAAUAUUUAGACUUGAAAAAGUGCCACUGGUUAACUUAUUUCUGAUUGAUCCAUUUUGAAAGUACUAAAACUGUAACAUUUGUAACUAAAGACCUCCAUAAACUGUUUUGCCUUUUCAUUUAUUUUUAAAGAUUUUAAAGAUUGUUGUUGUUUAUCUGCCACUAAAUGCCUUAUGUUUUCCUAGGAGGACCGUCAUGAGAGAAACCAUUAAAAUGUCAUCUCUUUCUCAUCAGUCAUCACUUCCUGUUUUCUUUCCCUUGCAUGCAUUAGAUUUCUGUGCAUAAAUGACUCAAAACCAUUCAAACUAUUCAGAUUAAAACAAACAAACAAAAAAAAAUACUUAAGGAUCACUCAAUUUUUAACUCAUGGGACCGGCUGACAGCAAGAUAACUGCAGGGUUUGUUUAAUCUCAAACUGAUAAUGUUCAGGCUUUUGUUGUAAAUUGUGCCACUUUCAUCGUGGGGUUUUUGUGAACAGAGGCCCCCCUGCACUGAGACGUCAGCCAGAGAUAAGAUGCUGUGUUCUCCCCGCAUCACUCACAGACACCCUCACCCCCAUGUGGCGUGUGAGUGCCCCGUCAUAACCCAAACACAACAUAAUGACUAAGAUUGUGGUGUCGGCAGGCCUCCACAGACAUAGACACUCAUGCAUAUUGAAAGACACGGAAGGCUGAUCUCCUUUAUAAGCUGAAUCAGCUCUGACUGUGGCUUUAAUUGACUUCUGUGUUUUGGUUGAUUACAUUUUUUUGGGGAAAAACCCAUCAAUUUGUCUGUAGAGUCUUCCUUUUUUCUUGCUCUUUUAUUUGUGAGACCAAAGAAAUAGCUUGGAAUUUUUUUUUCAGUUCUUUAUCAGCUGCUGAUUCUUGUUUUCAACGUUUUUUAGUUUCAAAUGUUGCUAUUUCUCAAAUGAAGUAAGAGCUGAUGCUGAAAUUGUAGCUGCACAUCAGAGCUUAGUGUCUGCACUCUCCAGAGAGUUUGCCAAUCACAUCACUUAAAUGUUUGAAUGAUGCCAAACCUCCAUUAGUAUUGUUACGAAUAAAGUAUUCGUGAAAUUAAUUUUUUCAUAGCUGGAAAUAAAUUCAGAGGUCAAGGGGUUAAGUGGAGGUUUCCCUGUUUGUUAGUUCUUUUUAAUACAUUUUUACAUUUGUUUGACCCUGUCUCUGCUUUUUUUAUUUAAACAUUUUAUUUUUGUCUUUUGAUCUUUGUUAUGAAACAAAAAAUACUGUUUGAUCUCAUGUUUUGGGAUUUUUGCAGUGAAAAAAAGACUUUACCACAUGGAGUGGAGUUUUUGUACAGUUUUGGGUUUGUUGUGAAUUUAUUGUGUAAAAAAAUGAAAAAUAUGUCUGUAAAAAAGCAGGAGUUGUAAUGAAAAGUCAGAUUUCAAGCUUUGGUACAAAUAAACUGCUUUUAAAG